UCCGCAAAGCGGCCCACAUCCAUUUUCGUCGAACUUGGAGAAUCGCCCAAGAAACAACCUUCCGCAAACGAACCACGGAAACCCACACCCACCCAGCUCAAUCUCAACCACAAUGUUCGCUUCACAACCCCCCUCCACCCCAGCAACACCCUUCCGCCAAACAGGCCACUACACACCAUCACGGCCCUCCCCCUCGGCCUCCGCAGCGCCAAUAUCGCCACACCCCCAUGGGCAAUGGGAUCGCCCUCCCAGGGGACCAAGUCCGGCAUCGACGAGAAUGCGCACUGCACGCCCGUAACAUUCCCCACCUUCGCCAUCCACACCGAGCCCCCAAAGAUGCAAACCCAGCAGCCCACUCAGAUCUUCGGCCCUGCCUCCUCGCCCUUCAUGCCCUCCCAUGCAGCUAGCCAGAUGUCUCCUGGCUCGCCCUCGCCAUCAACACGCGGCAAGUACGCGGAUCGCUUCGCGGCGCAGAUCGCGAACCCCAUGAAGAGCUCCGCGUCUCUCGCACGCUCGAAGACGAGGAAGAUGUUUCUGAACCGCGUGAAGGACGAGCGCGACUCGAGCCGGUUCGAGGCGCGCGGGGAGCAGAUGAUGCGUCUGGACUAUUUGGCCGAAAAGAGGCGGUGGGAGGAGUCCAUGGCGCGGGACAUGGAUGUGGUGAGGGACGUGGAUAUUGAGGAGGGUGGCAUGAUUCCUGACGAGGCGGAUCUUCGCGCUCUUGACGAGUAUACCUCGCAGGAGCAGGCUAUGGAGAAUGCGAUUUUGGAGACUAUGGGCCAUGCGGAGACGAAUUCGUCAUUCGGGGAUGAUGAGUAUGAUGAUCUCUUCAUGGCGCUGCAGAAUCAACAGGGGACUGGCCAGUCUCAGGAUAUAGACAUGUCGUGA